AUGACCAGUAGACAUACUCGGAGCAACGCACAAGGACCAUUGCAUCAGCUCACCAACGAAGAACUAGCGAGAUUAGAACGUCAGAACCGUCAACUGCCUAGACCUACAAGCACCAACAUGGGCGAUCAUCAGGAUGAUCUUACUGCUGCGUUUGCACUCAUGCAACAACAGAUGCAGCAGAUGCAGCAAACUAUCCAAGCGAACGCUGCAAACCAACGGAAUGCACCGGAGGAAGUUGAUCAGAUUGGCCAAAGGAAUCUCUUGCGUAAUCUACCUGCUACGCGAUCCGCCAUCAACCCUCCACCUUGCACUAGACAAGACUUUGAGAUCAAGCCCGCCUUGAUAGGUCUGGUGCAGAGGAAGAUCUUCAACGGACUUCCUGCAGAAAUACCGAUGGACCACAUUGAAAACUUUGAGAAGAUGUGUGGGUUCACUAAGGCGAAUGGAGCUGCUCGCUGGCUAGAUUCCCUACCAACUGGAUCGCUCACCACAUGGGAACAAGUCAGAUCCGCUUUCUUGAGCCACUUCUACACGAAAUCAAAGACGGCAGCGCUGAGACAGAAGAUCGCCACCUUUAAACAGCUGGUAGAUGAGCCGUUCUACGACGCAUGGGAGCGAUUCAACGUCUACCGCAGAGAGUGCCCACAUCACGGUUUUGAAGAAGAUUAUCUACUCGGAGUUUUCUACGAUGGAGUAGGUUGGGAGUACAGGAAUGCUUUAAACUCAGCCAGUAAUGGAGAUUUCAUGACCCAAUCCACUCAAGGCGCUUUCGCGCUAAUUGAGAACAUGGCCUCAAGCUCAGCUGACAGCAACCGAGAGACUGACCGCACCCAAAAGGUGAACAGCAUCGACAAUAGCAAAAUAGAUGAGCUCUCUGCCAAGGUCGAUCAGCUGAUUAAGAGUAAUCAGAACCAUGUCUUCAUCAUGGAAGAGUCUCCUCAGGAUAAAGGAACCACAGACACUACAUCAGAAGCGGACCAGGCGAUUGAAGACCACCAUGAGGUUAGCUAUGUGAAUGGGCAAGGAUGGCAGUUUAAGAACUAUCACCCGAACCCUAACGUGAGGAACAACCCCCACCUGUUCAACAACCCUAAACCCGAUGGUAACACAGAAAAUGCUCAAGGCAAUCAAGUUCAGAAUAGUGGCUACCAACGGGGGUAUGGAAAUCAAGGAAGAACCUUUGUCCUCAGCCCAGCUCAGAAUACUCAGUUCCACAACCAGAAACAACCGACUAACCAGCAGCCUGCACAGCCUGCUCAAACUGCUCCACAAGACGAGAUGAAGAGUCUUGCCAAUAUGAUGAGCCAGCUGCUCCAAGGACAACAGAUUCAGGGAAAAGCACUGAAUCAGGUCACAAACGACAUCAAUACCCGAAUGAAUCACAUGUUCAAUGACCUGAGUGCCAAAUAUGAUAAUGUCUCGAGCCAUAUGAGGCAGAUGGAUAUUCAGAUUGCUCAGACUGCUGAGAGUGUGAAGAGACAGCAAGGCACUCUUCCUGGAAAAACAGAUAAAAAUCCCAAGGAGUGUAAUGCAGUCGCGCUUAGGAGUGGGAAGCAGUUAACUGAUCUGGCACCCAAGAGAUUCACAACAGCUGAAAAGGGGAAGCAGAAAGAAUCAGAACAGCCACCUGUAACCGCACCAGCAGACGAGGAAGAAGCAGAGCUUCCUGUUAAACAUACUCCGACCACUACAGAGCAGCCUACUGUGGUUGUUCGCCCAGCGGCAGAACCUGUUCCCACCCGUGACUAUGUGCCAAAGGUUCCGUACCCUGUUCCUGCUAAGGCCACACGCAAGGACAAGGAGGAGAUGAAAUGUAGGAAGAUGCUGGAAGACUUAACAGUCAGACUCCCUCUCAUGAGUGCAAUCCAGAUGAUGCCAUCCAUGAGUAGCUUUGUGAAAGGACUAAUUUCUGGAAAGAUAACCGAUGACAGUGAGUUCAUGGUAGUCUCUAAAGAGUGCAGCGCUGUUCUCCAGAACAAAAGGAUCAAGAAGCUAGGUGAUCCUGGAAAAUUUGUCCUUUCCAUCCAAAUAGGGAGAACAGUCUUCUCGUGUUCGCUAGUCGAUCUGGGAUCAAGCAUCAACCUCAUGCCGUACUCUGUGGCUAAGCGCCUAGGAUUCACAGAUUUCAAACCUACCAGGAUGUCCCUAGUGUUUGCUGAUCGAUCAGUGAAAUCUCCAGUCGGAAUUAUCGAGGAUAUCCAGGUUCUGGUUGGGAACACACUUGUCCCUGCCGAUUUCGUUGUUCUGGAACUUGAGGAAGAAUCAAAGGAUCCUCUGAUCCUAGGCAGACCAUUCCUAUGCACUGUCGGAGCUAUCAUAGAUGUGCGACAGGGAAAAAUCGAUCUCCACCUAGGAGACAUUGUGAUGAGGUUCGAGAUGAAUCAGAUGCUCAAGAAACCUAUGCUAGAUGGACAAACCUUCACUGUCCAAGAGGAGGGUGAUCCGCUGGAACCGAGUGAUCAGAUGAUUGAGGAGAUCCUAAUAGAUGAUCCGCUGGAACUAGCUCUGACUAGAGCUGAAGCAGAACAGAAUGUCCAGAACAUCGACGCUGAUGGGUACGCCAAGAUGUUGGACUCCGCCAGAACCAUGGAAAGAUUAGUGGCAUAUCUUAGUCUGGGGGAGAACAAUGCCUCAGACUCAUCGAGCUCGCCUGUUCCACCAAGUAGGAACAAUGACCCGUGGAGUGAAUCCAAAGCUCCAAAAGUCGAGCUCAAAACACUCCCUAAGGGGCUCAGGUACGCAUUUCUUGGACCAAAUUCUACAUACCCAGUAAUCGUAAAUGCUGACCUGAACAAUGCUGAAACUGCUCUUCUCUUAUGCGAACUUAGGAAAUAUCGAAAAGCAUUAGGAUAUUCCCUAGCUGAUAUACCUGGCAUUUCACCUGAUCUGUGCAUGCAUAGAAUACACCUAGAAGAUGAAUCAAUGACUUCUGUAGAACAUCAGAGGAGGUUAAACCCAAAUCUGAAAGAUGUUGUAAAGAAGGAGAUAAUGAAACUUCUAGAAGCUGGUGUAAUUUAUGCGAUUUCUGAUAGUAAGUGGGUUAGUCCUGUUCAUGUAGUGCCUAAGAAAGGAGGGAUCACUGUUAUAACAAAUGAAAAGAAUGAAUUAAUCCCUACUAGAACAGUAACUGGUCAUCGCAUGUGCAUUGAUUUCCGUAAAUUGAAUGCUGCGACUCGCAAGGAUCACUUUCCACUUCCCUUCAUUGAUCAAAUGCUUGAAAGAUUGGCUAACCACCCUUACUAUUGCUUUUUAGAUGGUUAUUCAGGUUUCUUUCAGAUUCCCAUCCACCCAGACGAUCAAGAAAAGACGACGUUCACAUGUCCUUAUGGAACAUACGCCUACAGGAGAAUGCCUUUCGGGCUGUGCAAUGCUCCAGCGACCUUUCAACGCUGCAUGAUGUCAAUUUUCACUGAUCUAAUUGAAGACAUAAUGGAAGUUUUCAUGGACGAUUUCAGCGUCUAUGGGAGCUCCUUUAGUGUCUGUUUGUCAAACUUGUGCAGGGUUCUGAAGCGAUGCGAGGAGAAGCAUCUCGUGCUGAAUUGGGAAAAAUGCCAUUUCAUGGUCAGAGAUGGGAUUGUUCUAGGACAUAAGAUUUCAGAAAAAGGCAUCGAAGUGGACAAGGCAAAGAUCGAUAUCAUGAUGAGUCUGCAACCCCCAACUUCAGUGAGGGGAAUAAAAAGCUUUUUGGGACAUGCUGGUUUUUACAGAAGAUUCAUCCAGGACUUCUCGAGAAUCGCAAGACCACUCACUAGACUGCUCUGCAAGGAAACAAAGUUCGAUUUCGACAACGAGUGCUUAGCUUCAUUUCACACGAUCAAGGGAGCUCUUGUCAGUGCACCGGUUGUCCAACCCCCAGACUGGGACCUCCCUUUCGAGAUCAUGACGGACGCGAGUGACUUUGCAGUGGGAGCAGUGCUUGGACAGCGGAAGGAUAAGAAGCUCCAUGUGAUCUACUACGCGAGCAAGACACUGGAUGAAGCUCAAUGUAGGUAUGCCACCACAGAGAAGGAACUCCUGGCCAUCGUCUAUGCUUUUGAGAAGUUCCGAUCAUAUCUGGUUGGGUCUAAAGUGAUAGUCCACACGGAUCAUGCAGCUCUCAAGUACCUGCUCACGAAAAAAGAUGCCAAACCGCGGCUCCUGAGAUGGAUUCUCCUCCUUCAGGAAUUUGACCUGGAAAUAAGAGACAAGAAAGGGGUAGAAAAUGGAGUAGCGGACCACCUUUCCAGAAUGAAAAUAAACGAUGAUACAGUGAUUGACGAAGAACAACCAGUGGAACACGUCAGUGCGAUUGGUCUUUGCUACACGGAACCACCAAUGCGCAUAGAAACAGCUUGUUCUUCGCAACUAGAGCAGUUUGUGGCAACAAUCCAGAAGCAAUAUCCUGAUCUACCGUGGUUUGCUGAGAUUGCAAAUUUCUUAGCUGCUGAAAAGGAGCCUCAGAAGUUCACGGGGAACGAGAAGAGGAAAUUCUUAAGAGAGGCAAGGCACUACUUCUGGGAUGAGCCUUAUCUAUACCGACAAUGCAAGGAUGGGAUCUUCAGACGAUGUGUUCCGGAGGCUGAAAUUCCAGGGAUCCUACACCACUGCCACGGAUCUUCCUACGCUGGACACUUCGCCACAUUCAAAACAGUCUCCAAAAUUCUCCAAGCGGGAUUCUGGUGGCCAACAAUGUUCAGAGAUGCUCACGCUUUCAUAUCCAGAUGCAAUGCAUGCCAGCGAAUGGGCAGUAUCAGCAAAAGGAAUGAGAUGCCUCAGAACUACAUAUUGGAAGUUGAGGUGUUCGACUGCUGGGGGAUAGAUUUUAUGGGACCUUUCCCACCUUCUCACAAAACGAGUACAUCCUGGUUGCAGUCGACUAUGUCUCCAAGUGGGUAGAAGCA